GCGAUAUUCCUCCUACGUGUAUAUGAAAACGUUGUCGGGGGCCGCCCGCGUGUGUUUGGGGCCGAUUACUCGCGAACGAGUGCGGCGGCAUUAUUAAGUGAAGUUUUUUUACAUUGCGGCGUACAUACGACGAAUGAGAGAGAGAGAGCCGAGCGCGCGCUCCGGUGUUGUGUGUUGAGAAGGAUUAUAUUAUUCUUCGUGAGAAACUCGAGUGUGCGGAGAACCUCGCCGCCGUCCGUGCGCCCCGAGCGAGAGAGAGAGAGAGAGAGAGAGAAAGAGAGGGACACAUGUAUAGGCAGACGGAGGGAUACACCAAUUGAGAGUGAGAGAGAAAAGUAUAGAGAGCGAGCGAGUGAGAACGAACGCGCGCGCGCCCGCGAUACCGAGAGUGAGCCACAAGAGAGUUACCGACGACGACGAGGCAUCCGUUGAAGCGCCGCGAGCCAGCCGCGAGGAAAACGCGAGCUUGAAAAUUUGUGAUUUCGUGCGGUUUACCGGAGAUUAAAAAACGCUCGUCACGAACGAAAGAGUAAAAGAGUUUCGAGCGAGCAACGACCGAGUUAAAGGGAUAGUUAAAGGUUAAAUAAAAGCUCGGAAAACUCGUGUGAACCGAGGUGACAGUGGCAGAAAGCGACAGUACAAAGUUAGCGCGUGCGGUGCGGUGUCAGGUCGUACGAAUGUGAGCGAGCAAGCGUGCGUUUGGGAGGCGAGUGCGUGCGGCGAGGAGGUGUGCGUGCUCGAGUGCCUGCGUGUGUGCGUCAGUGUGAGAUUGCGUAUGCGUGUGUGUCGUGCGUAUGCGAGGUGAGGGUGGGCGGUAUAUAUGUGUAUCACACGUUGGAUACAAGUGUGAAUGCGCGUGUACCCGUGAAUUAAAAAUUGUGUGUGUGUGUGCGUGCGUGUGUGCGUGCCCGCGUGUGUAUGUGUGUGUGUUUGGCGGCGAGUGUCCUGGCCGAGAAUCCGUCCGUACGGGAAAAGCCGAUCGGGAACGGCGGUAGCGGCGACGGGGCCACAGCAAAAGCAAAAUCAGCCAAGCAAAAAUCCACCACCAGGCAGCAGCAUCGGCGACGGCGGCGGCGGCGACGGUGGUAGCAGAAGAGAGAACCACACGACGAAUCCUCUCGUCACAUACAUAGCAUUUUGUACGAGGGUGUGCAGGAGAGCCACGCGUAUACACGCCCGUGUGUAUGUGUGUGUACGUGUGUGUGUGCGUGUGAGUCUGUGUAUGCGCUCGUGUGCAAGAGUGUCCGCGUUUCGUAAAUACAUACACACAUGCCUCGUUGCCGUGUAUGUAUACGCUCGUGAAACGAAAGACUACACUGCGAAAACGACGACGAAGACGCGUACCCCCACGUUAAGUGUGGGUGUGCGUGUGUGUAUGUGCAUAUGUGCCGUGCCGGUAUAGAACGUAAACCCGAACUUUUGUAAUACACAAGGGGGGGCACCGCGCUCAGGAGGAACUUGUAUCGUAAAAUUAGUGUCGGAUAUUUAGUUGACUCGUUUGUCUCCUCUCUAUCUUCCUCGGUUAACCCGUAAUACCGAGGCUAAAAGUGAAAAAAGAAAUCUAUCUCAUAUAUAUAUAUACACACACACGUAGGUAUAUAUAAAGCAUCCGUGUACGUGACAGAGGUAAAAGUGACAGAAAGACGCUCGUGACAUGUCGGAACACCACCGCGUUGCCGGUGGCUGGGGCACUGCUAGCUCCGGAAAUCGGGAAGACGGCUCGAGCGGACCGGCAUGGUGGCCAACGGGUUUGAACGCCGAGCAACAGCAGCAGCAAGCGGCCGCCGCCGCCGCUGCCGCGCAACAGCAACAACAAGCACAACAACAGGCGCAACAACAACAGGCACAACAAAAUUUGCAUCAGCAUCUGCUUAAUCAACAACAGCAACAAUUGUCACAGCAUCAUCAGGAUAUUGUGAGAAGCACAGCGGCAGCGACCCAGCAAUUGUUCUCGUACAAGAUGGCCUCCAGCUUCCAAAAUCCGGCGACGACGGGAGCCCAGUCGAGUCCGGUAUCGACAUCGUCGCCGGUUGGCUCGUGCAUGAGAGGCGCCACCGGUGGUGGUUACGAUUACAGACUCGGUGUCGGUGGUACACCGAGUUCCGGUGGCGGCGGCGGAGGCGGCGGCGGCGGGGGUGGGGGAGGCGGCGGAGGACCCGCUGGUGCACCACCCGGUGUACAAUGGUGGUAUCCCGGUGGAGUUAUGGACGGUGGACAGAACAACCUUCAUCAGCAGCAGAUGCAGCAACAGGGCCAACAUCUAUCGCCGAUCACUUCGCAAACUUCUACGCCCCCCGUUAUGUCCCCGCAUCAGAUACAACAGCUACCACAGCAGCAAAAUAAUCUACAACAAAAUAAAAUGCCGAGAGGAAAGACAACAGACACGAAGCCCAGGGGGCGAAUGACCGCUUAUGCGUUCUUCGUUCAAACAUGCCGUCAGGAGCACAAGAAGAAACACCCGGAAGAGAACAUCGUCUUCCAGGAGUUCUCGAGAAAGUGCGCCAUGAGGUGGAAGACAAUGUCCGAUAAGGAAAAGAAACGUUUCCACGAGAUGGCAGACAAGGACAAGAAGAGAUACGACGCUGAAAUGCAGAAUUACACACCUCCGAAGGGAGAGAAAACAACCGGCCGAGGCAAGAAACGCAAACACAUCAAGGAUCCCAACGCGCCCAAAAGAUCAUUGUCAGCUUUCUUCUGGUUCUGUAAUGACGAGCGUGGCAAGGUCAAGAUGCUGAAUCCCGAAUAUGGAGUAGGAGAUAUCGCUAAAGAAUUGGGCAAGAAGUGGUCAGACGCCGAUCCCGAAACCAAAUCCAAAUACGAGGCUAUGGCAGAAAAGGACAAAGCUCGAUAUGAAAGGGAAUCGACUGCAUACAAGAAGAAAAUGGCGGACGCAACGGGAGAAAUUUUAUGAUCAGAAUUUCGAUUAAUGAAUCACUGAGCUGUAGCGCAUUGCGGGGACUUUCACAAAUAGAAUUAGAGACGUACGAGUCGAUUCUUUCUUUGUUUUUUUUUUUUUUUUUUUAAUUUUUUUCUUUGUCGAAAUGUUUUUCUUUCAUUUUUCUCGCUCGAUUCCAAGUAUCGUGACCAUCGUAAUUAAAAACAAAAAAAAAUAUAAAAAAACAAAAAAAACGCCGUCGUAUCAACUCCGACCGCCUUAAUCGUGGAACAUCAAAUUUUCUCCAAUCGAAAAUGACUGCGUACAAAAUGAAAAAAAAAAAAAAGAAAGAAAGAAAGAAAGAAAGAAUGAAAGAAGGAAGAAAGAAAGAAAGAGAGUUAAAUUAAAGGAUGGGCCGCGUGAGGUGGGAGUGCGCCUGCAUAUGGCUAUACAAAGCAAGACAGUGACGAGGACGCGGAAGAGGAGAAUAAUGCUGUGGAGGAUAUUUGAUAAGUGGACGCACGUCAAAAUCUCAUAUGUCACCCCGUGUCCUUGAGAAAAAUCCCGAAAGCAUUACCUCACCUACUGUACAUACCAUUGACCUUAGCGUGAGAGUACUUACACCACUAGGAAACAAAACAAACGAACAGAAAAUGAAAAUAAAAGAAACAAUACGAAUAAAUAACUAACAAAAUCCAGCCCCCCCCCCCCCCCCCUCUCUUUAUCCUCUCAAUCCAUUCUUCGACCUUUUUCCUUACCUUGGCCCCUGCCCGACCCCUCUCCUCCUUGUCCUCCACUCGGCCCCGUUUGCCCUCACUCAAUCAACCAACCAACCCUCCCCCGUAAACCACGGAUUAUUUACAAUAAAACGAGAACGAAAAAUGAUUAAAAAAACAAAAACAAACGUCAACAACAACAACAAAACAAAACAAAACAACAAAAAACAAUUAAUAAUAUCGAUUAAAAAGAGGAUAAAGGAAAGAUAAAGAUGAAAGAAAAUGAAAAGAACAAAAAUACUACCCGCGGUUAUGCUAAUUAUUUUAAAAGAAAUUGUAUGUAUGAGUGAUCGCGAGAGGAGAUCGUAUGAGUGACAUUUGUAUUUUAACAUAUUGAUAGUACACGUGUAAAGUGGCAUAGGAUAGAGAGAAUGAGGAGAAGACGGUGUACUACUACUACUAUAACUACUAUUAACUACUACACUAUUACUACUACUACUUCUCACCUUCUACCGGGUGGAUCAACAGACAAAAAAACAAAGAUACAAAGAGAACGAUAAAUAUUGAUGAAAGAAAAAAAACAACUACACGAGUUCACGAACAGAAAGGAUUAAAAAACAACGCCGGGGCUCAAUCAUCACUGACUUUGUCUCCGCUCGCAAGUUUUUUUCCUACCAAUACACCUCCCCCCCCCCCCCCCGUAUCAAAAUGGACUAAGAAAAACGUAUGAACAACAUUUUCAGUUUAACAUUAUAUACAAAUGAAAAAAAAAAGAACAGAACGUUUGUGUAAACGUUCAUAUUUACUGUGUACAAGUGACAAGUUAAAGAUGCGAUUAUAUUGCGAGAAAAUAAGAAGGUGUACGAAGUUAGUUAUACAAAGCACUGUUUUUUUUUUCCCUCCCACCCUCUCUUUUGAAGACACUUUCCACUCGGGACGAUCUUAAUACAUGUGCAUAUAUAUUUAUACAUAUAUUUAUGCAUAUAAAUAUAUGUAUAUUUAUAUAUUUUUUUUGUUUGUUUCGAAUUCAUCAAUUUGAAUACACGAACGCGUUAAGCAACCAUGUAGCCGGUAUGUCGAACGAAUAAACGAGUGAAAUGCGAUUUUUUUUUUUUUUUCAUUACAAAACGAAAAAUAAAACAAAUAUGAAGUAAACUUUUUGCACAGAUAUUGUUUAGCUGUAAAAAAUGAAAAUGAAUAGAAAGGAAUCAGUCCCAGGGCUGGUGACGACCGGUGGGACUGCUGCUGCUGAUCUGACUCUUGCGAGUUGUAUUAUCUCUCGUAAGUAGCGCGUGAAGUCGUGUCGCGAUACCUCUAAAUUUUGUCAAACGCUAAAGUUCUUUAUCAAGCCAACGUGCGUGAUUGAGCCUUACGCGGUUCCAUCUACUAGAACUGUUCGCCAUAAGGGCCAUUUAAAUGGAAUUUAAAAAAAAUGAAAAGAAAAACAAAAUACAAAUAACGAGGUUACGAAAAUUGUAUGGCUAAAGAGAAAAGUAUAGGAGCUGCGUCGCUCUCUCUCUAUCUCUCUCCCACUCGCACUAGUGACACACGUAAUGGAAUAAAGAAAAAAUCUAUGGAAAAUAAGAGCGGAUGUGAGCUAUAAUGUCGGCUGAUCUCGAAAAAUUAAACAAAAAAAUAAGCCCGAAUUUAAUCAUAUUUGCGUGGGAGAUGAAUUUAUAGUCCCCCAAAAAUUCCCUUCCUGCGUUGGCUAGAUGAGAAUUUAGUAUGGAAAGUAAAUGAAAGAUGAAGAAAAGGAAAAGGAAAGUGAACGAAAGAUGCUGAAGAGACCGGAGGAUAAGAAGGAAGGAAGAAAAAAAGGUUGUGAGAAAAUGUCGCGUCCCGGCUUUUCGAUGAAAAAGAAAGGUGUGCGUUUAGAAUGAGAGAGAAUCCAAAAGAGAGCGAGCGAACGCGCGGACGUAUGUGUGUGUGUAUGUGUGUCGCGAUCGACGUACGUCAUUCAUUUCGUAAAGCAAUUGUCUAUCGCUAGCUUACGGAAGUGGUCCCCGCCCUCGUCAUUGUUCAUCCUCCGUCUUCGACAUUAAAUUUCGUCAAUAAAAAGAAUACUUUGAAAAAUCCAAAAAAUUCGAAAUCGUCAUAAAAGAUGAUCAUUAUAAUCAAACGCAAUCGCAUUCAUUCAAACGGGAAAGGCUUCAAUAUUUCACUGAGGGAGAACACACAAAAGUAAAAAAAAAAAAAAAAAAAAAAAAAACAGUACAGAAAUACGUAUGCUCGUCUUCUUCGUCGUUUCCUCGUCGUUUUCACCUGGUUCACUUGUCUUCGUCGUUUUUUCGGCUGGUCGUCGUCCUCAAUCGCCGACGUGUAUACGGUGUUGUUGCGAAAAGAAAGAAGAAAAAGCAUAAGAAAAAUAAAUUAAACACCGAAUUGCAAGAAAAACGAGAAAAUUACUAAAUAUAUCCAUGUAAUAAGUAUACAUCGCACGCGAAAUAAUAUUACGUUUAUCAAACGCAUAUUGUUCGUCGCCAGAUUUAUACCGCGAGCCGUUUUGCCGUACAGCAGCUCUGUAUUAUAGAAUAAAUUAUUGUGCUAUCUUGUAUUUUUAACAUUCCUAGAUUGUAGUUAUGUACAGAUUUCAAAUCGUCGAGAUCGAGAUUUUUGAAAGCCAGAAGUUCUUCACGCGGUUAUGAAGAAAAUAAAAAGAGAGAGAGACGAACUUUAGAGAUUCGAUACCACGAAGAUCUCGAUAUAAAAGAAUUUUCAAAGAUCGCAAGGGAGAUCGUUAAUUGAUCUCGAAUACACAUGAGGAACAAAACUAACGAGAGUAAAGCUUCGAGAGUCCUGCCUCGCGGAGAACAAUGGACGAAAUUUGCUCCUUGCUCUGUCUUGUACGAUUUGGCUCACGGCUCCGGGUAAGCACUCUUUGGGACUGACGAUCAUCGAUCUCUUUGGGGAAAAAAAGAAGAAAAGAAAACAGAGAAAGUUAAAUUGUUGGCCACUUUACUUGUAGAUUAUUAUAAAACGUAAGCGCUCUCUUCGAUCACUCUGGACCUUUACCAUCGCCCGACCCUCGCCCCGCCUCGUCUGCGCUCAUGCUGCACUACACUGUCACGUUGGAAACAAUUUUUCAAAGUCCUCUCUACGGUUACAUGUGAGAACAAACACGGAAAAAUGAGAAUUAAAAAAAAAAAAAGUACGAAACGAAGAUGAAAUACACCCAAGAGCAACAUUUGUUUGUUUAUCAGAAAACAAAAACAAAAAAAAAUAAGUAAAAAACAUAGACGAAAACGCGAAUACUGUGUAAAAUAUAAAAAUUGUAAUAUUUUAAUACUGAUUUGCAGGUGUGCAUAAUUUUAACAUAGCUGGUAUUAAAAAGUGAAUUGUACUGGAAGAAAUGCAUCCGUUCUUCGAAACGGAUAAACAAAAAAAAAGUAAUUACAAAUAUAUUGAAAAAAAAUGAAAAAAAUAAAGGAAAACAAACGUUGAAAAAAAAAUCAUAACAUUUCCUGCGUUGUAUUAGGACAUUGCCAUAGUUGUAAAAGAUGGUGAGAAGAGAACGAUGAAUAAAAUGUUUCAUUUGUAUAUCUAUUAGGGAUUAAAUAAACCUUUCGAAAAAACGAA